UCACCGGGGGCAGGUACGAGGGAAAGAAGAUGGUGCACGUGACGAACGUGGGACCGUCCCUGGGCACGGGUAUACCCAAGAGCCCGAGUUUUCACCAGGGCCUGGCGUACGCGGCCAACGAAGCCAACAACGCCGGUGCCGGCAGCAACGACAGCGGCAACAACAACAACAGCAACAACAACAACAACAACAACAACAACAAUAACAACAAUAACAAUGAAGACGAUGACGAUGACGACGGAUACCACCAGCUCGGCAAGUUCUACUCGAGCUCUGCCUCGGCGACACAGUAUCAGCCCCUACAGCCCCUUCUCGUCGAAGUCCCGGAGGGGGAGCAAGAAGAGCUGUUCAUCCAAAAGCUGCGCCAGUGCUGCGUCCUCUUUGACUUUGAGUUCGACCCGCUCUCGGACCUACCAUGGAAGGAAGUGAAGCGUACCACCCUGUACGAGAUGGUCGAGUACGUGUCCAAGAACAAGAACGUCAUCACCGAGGCCAUAUAUCCCGAGGCCGUCAGUAUGUUUGCCGUAAACCUGUUCCGGACUCUGCCGCCGUCGUCAAACCCGAACGGCGCCGAGUUCGACCCGGAAGAAGACGAGCCCGCGCUUGAGGUCGCCUGGCCCCAUCUGCAGAUCGUCUACGAGUUCUUCCUCCAGUUGCUGGAGUCGCCGGACUUCCAGCCGUCGAUAGCCAAGCGCUACAUCGACCACAAGUUCGUGCUCAACCUGCUCGAGCUCUUCGACUCGGAAGAUCCGCGCGAGCGCGAUUUCCUCAAGACAACGCUGCACAGGAUUUACGGCAAGUUCCUCGGGCUCCGAGCUUACAUACGCAAGUCGAUCAACAACGUGUUUUAUCGGUUCAUCUACGAGACCGAGCACCACAACGGCAUUGCUGAGUUGCUUGAGAUUCUCGGCAGUAUCAUCAAUGGUUUCGCCUUGCCCCUGAAGGACGAGCACAAGAUUUUCCUGCUAAAAGUACUGAUGCCCCUGCACAAGGCGAAAUCACUGGCGGUCUAUCACCCGCAGUUGGCCUACUGCGUCGUACAGUUCCUCGAGAAGGACGCCUCGCUCACGGAGUCGGUGAUCAAGAAUCUCCUCAAGUUCUGGCCGAAGACGCACUCGCCGAAGGAAGUGAUGUUUUUGAACGAGCUCGAAGAGAUUCUCGAUGUCAUCGAGCCCGCCGAGUUCCAAAAGGUCAUGGAUCCGCUCUUCAGGCAGCUCGCCAAGUGCGUUUCCUCGCCGCACUUUCAAGUGGCAGAGAGGGCUCUCUAUUACUGGAACAACGAGUACAUAAUGUCGCUGAUAUCGGACAACUACGCUGCUAUUUUGCCCAUCAUGUAUCCAGCGUUGUACAGAAACUCGCGGAAUCACUGGAACAAGACGAUACAUGGUUUAAUUUACAACGCGCUCAAACUCUUUAUGGAAAUGAAUCAAAAGCUGUUUGACGAAUGUACACAGCAGUAUCAGCAGGAUCGAGCAAAGGAGAGAAAAAUGUUGAAAGACAGGGAUGAGGCUUGGACUAAGGUCGAGUCGCUGGCUUCGAGGCACCCUACGUUAGCGAACAAGGGCAGCUCGGUGCAAAAUAAUUAUAAUCCGUUCAUAACGCCACUGAGCGAGAACAGUAAUAGUAUUGCUACGAACGAAGAGGACGGGGAAAGUAACGAAAAGCUUUCGUUGUCGGGGGACAAAAUCGAAGUAAAGCCCAACGACUUGAAAAAAGCACCGCCAAACGCCUCGAAUAAGGUGAAACAGUUAUUGCGGAGGAAAAGCGAGCUGCCUCAGGACUCGUACACGAUUCGAGCGCUCUCCGAUCACAAGCGAGCGGACGAGUACCUUGUCACACCGCCCGACCCCAACAACUGCUAGUCCCUGCCUCACCUCUCUGUACGCAGCAACGAGGUUCGGAGUUAGUUUUUUCUUUUCUAACGCGAAAAUAGUGUGAAAAAAAAAAAAAAAAAAAAAUUACAAACACCGAUCGAGCGAACCACUAUACGCGAGCAAGAUAAGUUUAAGCCCCAUUCCCUCCCCCCGCCCCCUUUCUCUCUCUCUCUCUCAUUUUCCGUCAACACGGAAAAUGUCGCGCGUAAACGGUUGUUAGUUUAAUGAUAAAUAAGAUAACGAGUAAGAAUGGAGAGGUAUGAUGGUUAAAUUGUAUAAAUAUACACGAUUUUUCAAUUUUUUAAACUGGCUCAGUUCUCUGCUCUCCUUUGAAAAAUGGAACAAGCACGUUGCAAUACUAUGAUUUUUACUCAAGUGUGUGCAUGCACGUAUCUUUGGAAUACGGAAAAUGAAUGUCUUUGUUGAGUGAGUUUUUUUGUACAAAAAUAAAUACAUGAUGUAACAAAUAAAAUACGCUUCGCUUUGAUUAGGAAGAAAAAGAGGAUAAACGAGAAGCUGUCACACGUUAUUUUGUUUUUGAAUUUUAAAUAAAACAUGACAACUGUGUACGAUAAAAAAAAACUUAUGUGAAGAACGCCAGUCGUUUACGUAUAUUAUAUAUUCAUUAGCUUGUGUUACUGUUCCAAUCUAAUAAGAAAAUUGUAACCAAGCGGUAAACUUUGUAAUAAACGUUAUAUCCGUUGUGCCUCCGUGUGUAUAAAAUAAAAGUGCUUGUUGUCAUCUGCGAGAGUUUUGUUUCUCUUGUAAGGAUCACUUCUCCGUCGACAGCUUAAAUAAUAAUUAAAAAUUUUUAUCAGAAAUUUCUGAUUAGAUUUUCGGAGGAUUAAAAAGGCUCGCUUUAGCGUACUGUAUUGAAAAAUGUCUUGCGAGAAAUUGUUAUGGCCAAAAAGAUUUGCGCUGCUGGCAGGCUGUUUUGUUAAUAUUACAAAUAGGUACAUAUUGUUAAAACUGAAGUAAGAAUAAUAGACUUUAAAAAAAAAACGAUAAUAUUUUGAAUUGAAUCUGGGUAUGAAAAAUUUUGAAUAUUAAUUUUUUCGUGAUUGUUUGCUGAACAUUUAUUAUUUGUAGUUACGUUAAGUUGAAAUUACAGCGUAUAAACGGAAAGAAAUGGUAAAACAAAAUCGAAAUUUCACGAUCUUAUUUUAACUGGUUUUACGACUUGGGCAAAGUCUUGCGACGACAAAAUUGCGUAUACUCGCCUUUUUUCAAAUCUACCGAGAAACAUAAUCAAAGACUUGCAAAUACAAAUAAGCUGGAGGAAUCAUCAUCUUCAUAAAAGCAUAUAUCUGUGUUCGAUCACUCCUUAUAAAUGAUUGACUGUUCCUUAAUUUGUUCAUAGAGACAGUGAAUCAGAGUAUAAUGACUAUAAUAAUGACUAAAUUGUGUAUUUGUGGCUAUUAAAAAAUAAUCGUCUUAAAAAAAUUAGUUUUAAUUGAGGAAUAAUAAAACCAAACUACCUGCUCUAUUCUUUAGUUCUUCUUUAAAAAAAAAAAACAACUUUAAAUUAAUACAUUCGAACACAAUUAAGAGGACCCUUACACAUUGUCGCCUGUGAUUUUGUAACAGUUGUAUUUGCGUUUUUAACCGGGAAGACGAGAUUGCUCGUAUUUUUGCCAAAAAAAAGAAUAAAAUAAUUGAAGAUGAAAUAUUAAUCGAAUACAAGUGUUAAUUUCUGCUGUUGUAAAUACUGUAAAGUAAAGACUUCUCGAGAAAAUAACUUUUUUUAAUUAUUUGGCAAUAAGCAAUAUGUAUACAGUCUUAACCUAAACAUUUUGUUAUAAAAUACGUAGACUUAUGAUAGAGUAAUCUCCUACACACAUAUGUAUUGUGAAAAUAAAAAAAAACUAGACACAACCUUUCAUCCUAAAAUGCCCCUGUAAAUGUAGUGAUAUAGAGACCUUUUGCAUGGAAUUUGUACGAAAUGUAACGAUGAAGACGUUGAUUUAUAAAUAACUAUGAUUAUAUUACAUUAUUAUUAUUGACUACUAUUCAUAUUAUUUUAUUAUUAAGGCCAACUUUUAGUUCUUUUUUUGUAACAUAAAAUUUUGAUCGAUGCUGGGCGUGCAAAUACUCUUGUGAAACGUUUACAUGAUGCACAUAGCGUUUGAAGAAAACAAUAAAAGAGAAAGCAACGUUUUAAACACUGUAAUUUUUCUUUUGUACAUGCAUAAGACUGCAGUAUUAGGACAUUACAGAACCGAAAAAAAAAUACAGUUUCUGUUUGUAAUUUGUUGAAUAAACAUUACGAAGAAUUAAAAUAAAAA